AUGCAGCCCGUCAAACGGGGACCGGAGAGGGAGGAGCAGGUUGAGCCCGCGGCGGGCUACUACGAUCCGCGAGUUCCAAACAGAAGAGAAAGAGGAUCUGCGAGCUCUUCGUGGAGAGGGCGAACCCACCUUUCUCCGCAGAAAAAACAGUGGCCGGCGGGCAGCACCUCCUGGGCACAGAGGCUCCCCCCGAACUCGCAAUCAACUCGGAAAAGGAGGAGAGCAGCGGAAAAGCAAGCGGCACAAGUCUGCGUGCGUGCUCUUUCCUCCUUUUUCCUCUCUGGGGCACUGGGAGAGUGA